AUGAAGCUCAGUUGGACGGCGCUGUUAUAUCAGUCAGCGUUGUAUUACCACGUCGCAAGUUUUCCCAGUCUCCACCACUGGCAAGAUCACCACCCCCGCCUCGCCGUCCGCCUCCGAGCUACGAUCGUGGGCCUCCUCCGAGAGACUUUGGCAGAGGACCACGUCCGCCUGCUUACGGCCCACACAACGGACAAGGUGGAAGAUAUAGAUCACCUUACAGAUCUCCAGAGCCACCGAGACGAAGGACACCGCCUCGCUAUGGCGGAGGUCGUGGGGGCUGGGACAGAGACAGAGACAGAGACGCGAACAAUUAUCGACGUCGCUCAUAUUCUAGAUCCCUCAGCCGGAAAUCGAGGUCAAGGUCCUUUUCGAGCAGGUCACGAAGUCGUUCCCCAGCGCGAAGAGGCUAUGGCAAUUAUAGGCGGAGAACCCCUAGCCCACCAAGGAGGAGGGCAAGAAGGAGUCCUAGUUAUUCAAGCUACAGCAGCUACAGCAGGAGCAGGAGCCGAAGCAGGAGAGGAUACAGGAGAUAAGCUAGCGCCACCUUGUGCAUUAGACAGUAGGCAAAGCAGGUCGGGAUCAGGCUCGAAGACCGGUGUGAGAAUUUGCCUGAGAUUUUACGAGCCAGAUGCCUUUGCAUAG